AUGUUGGGUGAAAGCCAUUUGAGGAGGAGACCUCUCGAUCCUCCUGCUCAAAUUUACUCGCACUCUCGAACCAGGACAACUUCGUCCAACAUCUUUCCCCCACAGCAACAACAACAACAAAUACACGCUCCUACGCCGAUGCACUUGCAACAACCCCCGCCAGGCAUGGGCCACACGCGCCGCUCGCCCUCGGUGAACACCUUCAGCACUGUCUCGACAAAUCCGCCCCCUCCAGCCUUCCGCACCUCUCCGCCGCAGACUGACCUCCGCCGCAGCACGUCUUCGCGCUCUGGUGGAGGAGCACCCAACAGCUAUGUUGCCCUACUCAGAAAACAAAAGGCGACAGUCUGGUGCGAUAGGGCACAGUAUGAGGAUCCCCGCAUGCUUGCACAGCAAAAGGCGGCCAAACAAAGGGCCAACAUGGAGAUGCAUGGAGGACACGGAACCAUGCGGACCUCUACUGGUAUCAGCAGCGCUGGCAAGGUGGCUGCCAAAAUCAGGCAUCACGGAAAGCCCGGAGUUGUGGGCUACGCACCAGAAAACAACUACAUUGGUGUCGGUGGCGUGCCCAUGCGACUCAGUGCAACUGAAGUCGAGGGAGAGGACAGCGAUGACGACGAGACUAUGCAGCGCUUGCACCACCGUAGGACAGGGAGCAGUGGACGCAGCAGUACCGCCAGUGGUCGUCGCAGCAUCCCAUAUCGAACAUCUGGUCCCGUAGGAACCGGAAAGAAGUGGAGCCCUGCAGAUACACCAGAAAGAGCAGGCAGCAUGGUCGACCCGGCCCCUGAAUACUCAGUAGGCGACGAUCGUCAACUCAACCGAGCCGAGAGUACACGCAGUGGCAGCAGUGCUGAACGUGCCGACGCGCUACCCGAGCUGAGCGUCACCAGCGCAGCCAAGCUUGCUAGCAAUAGUCUGCUCAAUGCAGCUCUGACUAGAGAAAAGAGCGUAAAGAACCCAGAGGAGUUGAGAAGGAGAGGCAGCGUGGAUGAGCGCACCGCAACUCUGACCAGCACUCGUCUGUUUAUUGCCAACCCCGACUGA